CUAAACAGCUGAUUCGUUUCUUGCAUUCGGUGUUCCUUUUGUUUCGAUAGUGCAAUUAAUAUAAAUUGGGACAACUGCAAAUCUAAUAGUAUUAUUAGAACCGGAAUUAGUUGUGCACCUUCUAGUAUUAGAGACUUAUUAACAUAACCAACCUGUGCCUACCGGAAAUAUAGAGGUACUUCUCGCAAAUUAUGCGGGUUCUUGCAAGAUAAUACGAUACCAUUUGUUUAUGGCUGAGUAAAAAAAAAACAAAGAACUCCAGGCUGACGAGUCAUUUGUGCGUAUCGGCACUGAAUCUGCUCCAGAUUCGAAAACUAGGUUUAUUUACAUUUGCAUGCAAAGACAUGAGCUAGGCCAAAUAUAACCGCUCGCCAUGUCCAAUAUGGAUCCAAGUGAUGUCCGCAGUACCGCCCAGCUCAUCCUGGCCAACGCUCGGCAGGGAAAUAGCGCUUACAACAUGCAGUAUGAUAUGUCACGGGCACAUUCCAUAAACCUGAUUACGGAGGACUUCUUGGCCGGUUAUAUGCAGGAUGGCAGGAUGUCCGUGGUUCGAAGGUUUUUCUGCCUCUUCGUCACAUUCGACUUGGUCUUCGUUUCGCUGCUGUGGCUCAUUUGCAUUGUGAUCAAUGGAGACAAUAUAUUCACUGCCUUCCACAAACAAAUCGUGGAGUACACCAUCUACAAAUCGCUCUUUGAUGUUGUGGCAGUCGCUAUCUGCCGAUUUUUGGUGCUCAUAUUUUUCUACGCCAUAUUGUACAUCAAUCACUGGUCCAUCAUAGCGCUCUCUACAAGUGGGUCUUGCUUGUUCCUCAUCUCGAAGGUGUUUGUGUUCGAUUGGCUGGAUUCAAAGCAGCAGGUAUUUGAGGUAAUCCUCAUAAUAACCUCGUUCAUACUGGCUUGGGGAGAAGCCUGGUUCCUGGACUGUAGGGUGAUUCCUCAAGAGCGACAUGCCCAACACUAUUUCCGGACUAUGACUUCAAAUGAUCGCACACCCAUGGAACAGCCUGCCAUUUUGAUUGAGCAAGAACGGCCUCCGCAAAGUGUAACCGAUUUUUAUUCACUCAUGGACACGGCUCGUCAUUCCGACGAGGAGGAUGAGUUGGAUGAUGAGUACACACAAAUGGGAUUGGAUUGCCUUCGAAAGGCCUACGAGAUCAUCGAGUCAAGUGACUGGAAGGUGGAAAAAGUUAACCAGAAAGGCGACACCAUACACAGCACUCAGCGCGACAAGAUUGGAAAGAUCUACAAGUUGACGGCCCGCAUCAAGUAUCCUGCAAAGGCUCUGAUGGAAGAUCUGUUCUAUCGCAUUGAAGACUGUCCCAAGUGGAAUCCUGCUCUUUUGGAGUCCAAGAUAGUACGCAAAAUCAACUCCUACACCGAUAUUACCUAUCAGGUAUCCGUGGGCGGAGGAGGUGGCAUGGUGAAGAGCCGCGACUUCGUGAACUUGCGGUCUUGUAGGCUCUUUUACAAUGGUCAAAUCUGCGAUGACGAUGAGACGGCUCAGCUCAGCAGCGAUGAUGGGAACAGCAGUCUAAAUCGGUCUUGCGAGGGUAGUGUUAGUACCAUUUCCGAUGGUGACUCAAACACCCCACUGCUGCCCAGUAGCGUGUCUAGUUGCAAGGCAACGUUUCCCACUUCAUCCAAGGGAGCCGCUAUGCCUUUUGACACCCUGGGCAACAGCUUGGGCGCCAAGAGCCUAGGUCCCAUCGUGAACUUUGACGAGGAGCCACCGCCAUUGGAUCAGGACGAGUUCGAGGAUGCUAAGGACAAGGUCGACGGCGAAGCGAAUAACAUGACGAAACCAAAUGUACCCAGCGUGGGAAAAACCAAGGACAGGGUUUGGGUCACUUCGGCGGUUAGUGUGCAAUAUGCUGCCGUUCCACCUUCACCCAAAUACACAAGUCGGUUGACUCUUCAAUUUUCAGAGGGCAGAACAUUGUCAGUGGGUUUGCGUUUCGUGAAAUCGUUGGAAAAUCGGAUAGCUGCAUUGUGGAGUGGGUGCUUUGCCUAGACCUAAAAGGCUAUAUUCCUCGCUAUGUCCUGGAUGCAGCCCUCACCUCGUCCAUGACCGACUACAUUAGCAAUCUGCGCAAGCAUGUCAACGAACUGAGGCAGAAGGGGCGUGGUCGAGCCCCCAGGACCCACUAGGAAAUCAGUAAUCCGUAUUUUAAUUUAAAUCCCAUUGUAUCUCAAGCGAGUGCUGUUCGCAGCAAGGUAUCUAAUAGAAUAUUUCAAUAAUUUGAAGCAGGAGAGCGAGUUCAGUGCUGUAAGUUUAUUGAGUAUUUUAUGUAUAUGUAUGGCAUAAGUUCUAUGUACCUAUAUGCACGGCUUACAUUAUAAAUUUUAUACAUGACUUUUUU